AUGAAAUUUAUUGGUUUUCGUGUCCCGGAAGACACAACAACACUCUUUGGUUUGCCCGAGCCUAUUCACGAAGCAGUGAGAAUCCUUCACCAGUACCAUUACGUCUCCCUUGGUGAGGUACAAAUCAAACGCGAGGAGGAUUAUCUAAAGUAUCCACUUUCUUUGGGUAAGGAGGCCGUGCCAGACACCCCCGCUGAACAGCUCUACAGGGCAAUGUAUCCGCUUCUUCCACAAUAUAUGAUUGCUAUUCUCAAAGUCCUCCUGGCGUCUGCGCCCACAUCGAGAGCGAAGACGGAGCCAAUCAAUAUUCUGGCAGAAAUCGUCCCUGCCGAAGCUCCGGCCACAAUAAUUCAGUCCACAAUCCUCAACAUUGAUAUUAACCGUCAUCGGGAAAUUCUCGUCAAGGCCAUUUCUGGUCUGCUUCUUUUGCUUUUGAAGCACCUUAAGUUGAAUCACAUUUACCAGAUUUUUGCUGGGGUCCGGAACGCACGCACCGAUGAGGAUGGCCCAACUGCUCUUUUUCCCUGCAAAUCUGUCAUCCGUAAUCAGUGUUACAGUGGUGACCGACUUCUGCUUUUUGUCGAGGGCAGUAAUCUGGUUGCUGCUAGCAGCAGGCGUCAGCAAUCGACCUGUCAUUCAAAUGACGAGAUGGCCACCGCGCAGGCUCAUGCAAUUUAUGUGUUUGAAUACAUGGCCCAGCACCUGUUCUUCGCGAACUGCAUUCCUCUUGUGCUGAAAUUCUUUAACCAGAACACCCUGUCUUAUGUUCAGGCCAAACACACGAUAGCAUGCUUGGACUUCCCUGCCCGCGUAAUCGGUGAGGUGCCCGAGCUAACACCCGAACUCUUGGUAAGGAAAGUGCCGACGUGUUUGCCUUUCACUCCUACAACUUGUCAGUGGUGUAGUAGGCUAUGA